AUGUUUCCAGACAGUUCAAUUGCAAAGAAAUUUUCUUUGUCUGAGAGAAAAUGUUCCUACCUGGUUUCAUUUGGUCUAGUCCCAUAUUUCACUUCGUUACUGGAAGCUAAAUUGUUCAAGAGAAAUUUUGUCCUCCUGUUUGAUGAAAGUAUGAACAAAUCAUUUCAGCUGAAACAAAUGGAUUUCCAUGUCAGAUUUUGGGAUGCUGAUUUACUGAAUGUUGGCAGCUGUGGGUUACACAAAGUUCAUGAUGCUUGUAAAACAGCCAUGGUUGCAGCAGGCUGGGAUUGGAGAAAGCAUGAGGAUUAUUUCAAAACGUCUCAGUGUACACAAGCACCUUUGAAGUUUUGUGCCCAUAGAUGGCUUGAAAAUUCUAAAGUAGCACAGGGAGCUUUUGACAUAUUGCCGCAUUUUAAGAAGUUCUGUGACUCUGCAGCAAAAAAGGAAAUAACACAGCCACAAACCGAAUCUUUUGAAACUGUUAGAACAGCAGUCAACAACGACAUGUUUUUAUCUUCUAAGUUGGCAUUUUUUGUUUCUUUUAGUAAGCAGCUUGAGCCUUUCCUUCGGAAGUAUCAGACUGAUAAUCCAAUGGUUUCCUUUCCUGUUUACAGAUUUACAUAA